AUGCUUUGCACUCCCACCCAACUACUCCACCACAUAUGCCCAUGUCUGGCAAGUCGCAGGCGCACAGCAGAUGAUCAAUCGCACGCUUCAGAUGCGGAUCAUGACGACGAAGGUAGAGCUCUACUGAGCGGGCAUGGUCACAGUAGCGAUGCUUCGAGAGGAGGCGCAACAACAAGGGGCCGCGACCGCAAUGGCGUGGGGAGCGGCUACGGUUCCACAUCUGCAUCCCACCCUGCUGUUGCUGUUGCUGGUGGAUCCAGAGGCUCGGCAAGUGGCGAUGCUGCAAAGGGAGAUGCACCAUCAGCAGCAGCAGAUUCCCAUCUCAGGGUGAAGCGCAUCGACGUGAGCAAGGGGAACAUCGACAAGAGGAGAGAGCACGUUCUCACACAUCUGCACCAUCUCGAUGCAUCCACACUGCGGUCCAGCUCCACACCUCCCGCACACGGAAGAGGGCGACAAGGCACCACAUCCAACUCCGACGCCUCUUCUCCUACAGACAUCAAGCCACGCCAGUCGCGCAGCCACGCUCGGGCCUCUUCCUCAUCCACCUCCAUCUCUUCGGCCUCGUCGCCUCCGGGGACUUCGACUCAAGGGACAGUCGCGCCACCCACAUCUGCAUUAGGUCGCAGAACUCGCAGGGUGCACACUUCCGUCUCGGGUAAAGUGAGGGCUCUGCAUCUGGGCUUGAGGCCCGAGUCUCCUCCGGGUCCCUCGUUCGAUUCCAACCAAGCUCUCGGAAGUAGAGAGGUGGAGGAGCAGGGCGCGGAGGCUGCUAAGAAAGUCGAGAGGGGCAACGAGCCAGAUAUAAGUGGACAGCAAACGCGAGAGAGGGGCAGACCGAUGAGAGGAAGAAGGACUUCCAGUCUGGACAAUGCGGACGUGCUACUCAAGCGGAGGUUGGCCAGUGAACAUAGUUUGCAAACCAUUCAUGGCUCCUCUCCGCCCGACGAAGAGGUCAAUCAUGGAGCGGCGCAUCCAACAGCAGCGGCAUGCACGUCAUCGCGCACCGCCGAUGCCCGAUCUCCACGUUCGCGCUUGAAGGAGGCACACGAUAUGUCUGGUCCGAUGGUCGAGGAUUGGGACGAGGGACCAGCGGUGAAGAAUCUGAACGUUUCGGAUUUGGAGUUGGAAUCGGGUACAGAGAGCGAGAGGGAGCCGCCGCCGGUGACAGCGGUCGGUGCGGAUAACAAGCAAGGCAGAAGACGAUGA